UCAAUCAUACUACAUUCUUCACAUCACCUCCAAACACACCAACCUAUAUAUUAAGAGACACUCACAUUACGUAGCAUUACUCCCAACCACAUAAAUUUACGAACUUCAAUUGAAUUAAAAACACCAAUUAUAUACUAUAAGAAAGAAAGAAAUUAGUAGAGUAUAAUGGAAGCUGGUAGAGAGGAGCAGAAAGCAGUGAAGUACCGAGGCAUCCGGCGGCGGCCGUGGGGCAAGUUCGCAGCAGAAAUACGAGACCCAAACCGCAACGGCGCGCGGCUGUGGCUGGGCACCUUCGAGACGGCGGAGGACGCCGCCAGAGCUUACGACAGAGCCGCCUACGCUCUCAGGGGCCAUCAAGCCAUUCUCAACUUUCCUAACGACGGCCAUUACAGAAAUCCGGUGCCCCAGCCUACUAGUACAGUUUCUCAAGAACGAGCGGCGGCGGCGGCGGCGAGUUCUGAAGCUCCGGCCGAGGUGGAUGGAUCGAUGAAUGAAGGAGUAAUCGAGUUGGAGUAUUUGGAUAAUAAUUUGUUGGAGGAUCUUCUUGCCACACACCACGAUUCUAGGAGAUCCGGAUUUUGGUAAUCGGAUUCAUUUUAUCAUUCUUUAAAUAAGCUUGCGGGCAUUCGUUUGAACGACCAUGAAAGAGGAUGGCUUCAUCUUGCUUUUGCUUUUGAUUGAUUCGUUUAUUUUUGUCCCAAUUAAUAAGAAAAUGAAGGAGGGAAUUUUUCGUACUACAUCACAUGUAUAUCAAGUUUUUAAUGUAAUUAAAACCCUUGUUUCUCAAGUAAUAUAUAUGCGUGUGCAUGGAGAUGAUCAAAUAAAAAUUUUUCUUUUUAUAUUUAA